AUGGUUGAUAAAUUGUCCCUUUAUUUUAGCAACUUAGUGAGCACAGCCGACGCUGGCACUGGCAUCCAGAAUCUGAAGAAGGCAUUAGAGGAUUUAGAGACUUUGUUGGCUGAUGCAGAGAACAAACAAGUGUACGACAAAGGAUAUCAAAAGUGGCUAGAAGAGGUUCAACCUUUGGCUUAUGAUGCAGAUGACUUAUUGGAUGAUUUUGCCACUGAAGCUCUCAAAAGGAAACUAAUGGCGGAGGAGACAACGAUGGGAAGAAGACCAGCUAAGUUUCCACAUUUACGGCAGAAGAUCACAAACUACAUGUUUGAGGGAGCCUCCAUUCAUGGCAGAGAUGAAGACAUCAAGCAAAUUAUCGAAUUGCUACUUGGGUUUGCACCUACUGGAAAUUUGUUUGAUGUAAUUCCUAUUGUAGGAAUGGGUGGGAUCGGCAAGACUACACUAGCUCAACACAUUUACAAUCACGACCAAGUGGAAAGCAUUUCAAUCUAA